GUGUGUGUGUGUGUGUGUGUGUGUGUGUGUGUGUGUGUGUGUAAAGGAGCUGGGAUCCUCUUUGGGUAGGUCCAGUCACCAUAGAUCUAUAACUUGCCCUAUAAGAGGUCUAGUUCUGACGGACCUUCACACCAUGGGGGUGAAGGGUUUGUGCUCGCUGCUGGAGGACUACAGACAGAUCUACCAGGACGUCCCCUUCAGGGACAGCAAGCUCGUAGUGGACAGCAAAAACCUGUCCCACCUCCUCUAUGAAAUGUUCAUCCUGGACCAGAACCACGGCGAAAAUUUUGAAAAUUAUAGAAUAUCAUUUUGAUAUUUAAAAAGGAACAGUGCCAUGUCUGUGCUUUAAAGAUUGAGGAAGGAAGGGAUGAGGAGACGAUGAGAGAAGGGAAGUGAGAGUAAAGAAAGAGGGGACAGGUUUCAGUGUUUCCUAUUGAGGACUUAUUGACCUUUCAAGGGGGGUAGCAUUAAAACUGUUGCCCAUCUAUCAGUUGAGGUCCUUGAGCCAAGUCAUUUCAAUAAGAUGAAGGUUGGUCCCGCUCUUAAUGUAUUAUUGACAGGUGAAGUAAGAGCUUGACCCAUCAGUCACUAUGGGGAUACAAGGCUUGUGCUCGCUGCUGGAAGGAAACAGACAGAUCUACCAGGACAUCCACUUCAGGGACAGCAAGCUAGUGGUGGACGGCAAAAACUUGGGCCACCUCCUCUACAGAAUGGCCACCCUGGACCAGAACAACGACGGGGAGUACCUGGCCUCCCAGGCACUGAUCCAGGCUUUUUUCAAAACUCAGGACAACUGUCAAAUCAAACCAUACGUGGUGAUCGACAUCAAACGCAACCCCAGGAUGGACCAUCGAAAAACCUUCCACCAUAAGACCACUGCCCUUCUGAAGGGCAGAAAGAUGGGCAUCUAUCCCCCCUUGAUUAUGGAAGUGUUCGAACAGACGCUGAGCGACAUGGAGGUACCGCUGGUCAGGUGCUUCGGAGAGGCCGACGGCCAGCUGGCUGCCCUGGCCAGAGAGUGGUGCUGCCCGGUGCUGUCCACAGACACUGACUUCUACAUCUACGACCUUCCAGAGGGGGUUCUACCACUGGAUCACUCCCGGUGGCACACGGUGGAGACGAGUCGUGGCAUCCCCUGCAAGCGAUACACCACGUCCAGCUUCUGCACCUUCUUCUUCGACCGUCAGCUGCUGCCCGUCUUCGCCUCACUGGCCGGGAACGACUACACUAACCUCAAAAUUAACUGGGACUAAUUGCUUCCAGUGGACCGCCCUAGGAAGAGGAUAAGGGCUGCCCACCUGGAGGGCCUCCUGAGUUGGCUGGGAGCCAGGACAGACCAGAGGGCAGAAGACACCUUGACAGCAGCGAUGGAUCUCAUACCCGACACGAGUCAACAGGCACAGACGGAGGUGCAGACGGAGGUGCAGACGGAGGUGCAGACGGCCAUGCUGAGGCACGAGCUCCCCAGCUCCUCUCUGCGGGGGUUCUUCAGCGAGGGAACCGUUCCCCCGCUGCCUGCUGAGUUGUUGAGCUGCGUCCCCGACUGGGUCCGCGCGCCCCUGGCCAGAGGAGAGGUGAGCGGUGACGUGUUCAACGUGCUGGUCGAUAGGAGGAUGAUCGUGGGGAUCCAGGCGGAGCUCAGUGACCUACAGAGUGACCAACCUCACCUCGCAGCCCAUCCGGCAGGUGCUGUACGGGCUGCUGCUGGGCCUGGGGCAAGGCGCGAUGAGGGAAGUGGACCGGGUCGAACUGGAGGUACAACCGUUGGUCCAAGGAGCCGCUCAGCAGCUGACACUGGCCACUCUGCCCCAGGCAGACCCCGCUGUGAGGCUGCGGAUGUGUCUGGAAACGCUGGGCGUGGAGGAAGAGACGCUGGAGGGAGUUCCGGCUCACCUGCGCCUCCCAGUGGCUGUGACCCGCUACUGGCUGAGGAGGGCCAGCCCUGAGCCGACGCUCCUCAAAGCUCUGCUGAUGGUCAUGGUCCAAAGAGAACUGAACCGACAGACAGGAGGGACAACAGGUAGGUAGCACAUGAUGUAACUUUAAUACCCACUCACUCACUCCUCCCUACGUGUGUGUGUGUGUGUGUGUGUGUGUGUGUGUGUGUGUGUGUGUGUGUGUGUGUGUGUGUGUGUGUGUGUGUGUGUGUGUGUGUGUGUGUGUGUGUGUGUGUGUGUGUGUGCACAGGCGUAGGUGUAGGCGAGCAGAAGUUAACCAAACACAGAAAACAGCUUCCAGAUGGUGUCGUGGCUCACAGCUUCAACCAAUGGCAGGCCUCCCUGAAGGACGCCUCCCAGCUCAACCUGCUGCUCUGCAAGCCCCUCCCUGAACCCCACUUCGCCUGACACCAAGACUGUACUGUUUCUGUAGCAACGGCAUCACACCCAGGAUGAGGAAGAGGAGGAGCUGGGCGGGGCUGAAGGUCUGGAUCAGGGCUCAGAUUGGCCUAGGGCAGGGAUGGGCAACUUUCAUGAUAAAGAGGGCCACAUUUUUCAUCAUGACCAUCGGAGGGCCACAUGACUGCACACUUCAACUAAAC